AUGUUCCCCGAUUGGCUUCGCGUCAUUCUCCUCUUCCUAACUUUGGUGUCGUUCCUCCCCCAGUUUCAUCAAAUCUGCGCACGCAAAAAUGCCUCGGAUAUCGCAUUGUCCUACGUACUAUUAAACCUCAUCGCUGCUACCGAGCAGUUUGCUGUGAACUUUGGCUAUAUCGCCCUUAUAUCACCCAGAGCUGGAGUCUUUGCCCACGACCCGGCUACCAUCGGGGACUGGUUGAAUCUAGCGCAGACGACCUUGGUCUGUUUGCUCUUCGUUGUAUAUUUCGCUCUCUGCCUCUCCUUUCCCUCGCAGAGCAACUACAAUUGCAAGAGACUAAUGCUCGGAGCCUACAUCGCCUACUUUGUUGUCGCAAUAAUCCCGCUGUUUCUGUGCGCUAUCGUUCUCAAAGCUGAUGACGACAAGAGCGCCUACCGCGAGUGGCCUGUCGUCCUUGCCUUCACCCCACACAUGCUGUGGUUAACCUACGUCGGCACCGUGCUAGUCAUCAUGGCCACCUACCGGCAGGCGCAGGCGAUCCUACACCCUGAUCCAUCAGAGUCCCAGUCCCAGCCCGCCCUCGCAUCAGAGUCAGAAUCGACCUCGCAAGUCCCAUUUUCACUGAAACGCAACUCAUUAAGCGUGUGCGCCCUCGCCAUCCAGUCCAUGCUCUUCAUUCUCCUCGCGGCAUCAUGGAUCUUCCGCGUCGUGUUCCCGCCUCUCCCCGAGGGCGCGACCUGGUGGGAUUCCCGCGUCGUGAAGGUGUGGUUCGAAAUGGUGGGCUCGAUCGCUGUCGAUAAUGCGGUCUUUGGGAUUGGGCAGGGGCUCUUGCUCUUCUUGUUGCUGCGGAGUGGCCGCGGGGGAGGCGAUGGUGCAGCUGGAGAGGGAGAGGGUGUGUUGGGUACGGAAAGGGAGCCGUUGUUGCGAAGGGCAACGUAGGCAGAGGCUUUAGUUUACUUUGUGGUUUGUAGUUUGUAGGGCUAACGGGCUCGAGCUGUGGAUACUUGGACGAGACGGGCGGUUGUCGGACAAAAAAAAAAUGUGCAUCAUCCGUGAAUCGAACACGGGCCUCGUCGAUGGCAACGACGAAUUCUACCACUAGACCAAUGAUGC